UGAUGCUUUUGCAACAGAAUUUGACCUUGAAGCAGAAGAGUAUGUUCCACUUCCUAAAGGAGAGGUUCACAAAAAGGAGAUAGUUCAGAUCAAGACUGUUGUGGCUAAGUAAGUUGAGCUUCUAAAUGGAUUGGUAACUGCUGGCCUGUCCUAAGUGGUAAAGGCGAGGGGUGGAUUUGGGUUGUUAACUGGUAUAUUGAUGAAGGUGUAGCGGAGCUUGUCCCUGGAGUUCUGUUUAUUGAUGAGAUACCCAAUUCAAAGAGAUGGAACUUGAGGAAGUAGACUAUCUUGUUGCCCUGAGACAAUUAUAUGGGCUUCUUCAAAACAAAAGCUCAGAAAAUUUAAGUGAGAAUGCACGACUCUUGUUAAAAGAUAUGCUUGAGAAUGCUACACAAAUGGUUUUCGGGAGUCGAUCAAAGCAUCGUCAGAUUAUAGCAGCACAAUCAGGUGCCUCUACCACACCCUGCCCAUCUCUUACAGAGCCACCUAAGGCUGUGCCAAUGUUAAAUCCUCCUGUUUCACCAGCUAUGUUAAGAGCUUUUCCCAGCAUUGCUCAAAGCUCCAGCAAAGCGUCGAAAUGUCAAGCAAUCACUUCACAGAGGGAUGAGCGGCCACCCUUGAAACCAAUAGUAAUUGAAGGCUCAGUUUCAAAGCUUUCUAACAACAGAAUCUCUUCAAACAAACUUCAUCACACAAGGAAACCAUGUCAGUUUUGUGAGCAAACUGGUAUGAAGCUACAGAAAUCAGACAAAGAGAUAAAAAUAUCAGGCAAAAAGCCGACAAUUAACAAAGGACACAAUCAGUUAAGCCCUUUUUGUUGUGUGAAUGCGCAAGCAAAAGGAUGGCGACAUGUGGAAGAGAAGGGUGUUGAGUCAGUGGUGACUAGUAUUGAAAAUCCAAUUGAGAAGCAGAAAAGUAUCCAGGUACUCAAACGUAAUCCAAGCAUUGUUAGUUCCUCAAUCUGUUUGGCAAAUGGGGAUAGUGAGGCAGGAGUUGGAUACAAUUCCUCCAAUGGGAUGGAGAAAAAACCAGGAGAGACCCGUGAGUUUUCAAAGGAUGUCAGUAAUGCAGUCAAACGAAUUGAAUCUCACAUUUCAGCUUUGCAACCUUGUUCUCAGAUUCCACAUUCUACAAAGACCAGUGCAGGAGUAGAUGGGAUAGCCGCUAAGUCGGUUACUCCUUCGAUUACAAGGAGUUACGAUGGUGAGCCUGUUUUUUUUGGUGGCCUCCAUAGGGAAUAUGAUUGGCGUUGCCAAGAGGCCUAUGGAAGAGCAAGUGGGGAUUAUUAUGUUCACGGGCUCAGGGUCCCUAUGGAUCAGGAUGGCCUUGCCAAGAGGCCUUGGAUGACGAUGAGUCAGCUCUCCAAAGAGAAUCCACUGGAGAAUCAGACGUCCAUGCCACCCCAGUCACCUGCUGAGCCUGGUGGUCACAAGUCGAGUAGAAAGAAAAAGCUGCCAGUACUUCAGAUGCCAAUCAAACCAACUCUGCUAUAUCACAAGCCUAGUAGUGAGAACAGAACUGAAGCAAAGAGAAAGCUUUUACCACUUCGUCAUGGCGGUGGCUCUUCAGGGUCAUACUUAUCCUCUCCUACUCAUCGACAAAGGAUCACCAGCAGUAGUAGUUCAUUGUCAAGUCAGACAGACACUACAAGCACGACACAUGAAAGUAGCCUAGUGGAGAGUAGCAGUAACACUCCAUAUUCUAUACUGAGCCACUCUAGGGAGAGAGUGGGUGCUACCCCAAGAGACAGAUCCGGCCAUCAAAGGAACCCUGAGAAAGUGACCGGACGGUUGAGGAGAUUCAAGAACAAGCUAGGACUCAUCUUUCACCACCACCAUCACCACCACCACCACCAUCAUCAUCACAACCGUGAUGGUGAUCGUGGUAAUUCCCAUUCUAUGUGGAAGCCCUUGCAGAAGAUGUUUCACCAUACUAACGCACAUGUGGUCCACGAGAAGAUGAAAAAAUCGAUAGUCGCUAAUGUGCCACGCAAGAACCAUGUUGGACAUUUUAACACGCUGGUGGGAGGGUUGUUGAAGCAUGUAGGGCGUCCAAAGAUACGGAAGAGGAUCGGACGUGUUGGUAAUAAGAAGGUGGCAAAGAAGUUGAAGUGGUGGCAGAUGUUUCGACGCCACGGUGGAGUGAAGCUGCCCAAAAGGAGGCGUGUUAAAGUAGGGUUUAUGAGGCAAAAACCGCAGCUAAAGAUGAGUUAAGAACAAAGUCUCCAAAGCCUCAAAGAUUCCGAUGGCUUCCUUGUCAUCUCUACUGGAAAGCUCAACUCUGGUGAGAGUGAGGUGCAUGUCCAAUAAUACCAUUACGUUGAGAAGUGUAAUGAAUAAAUCCUUCAGGAUUCUAGCACACAAAGACAAUCCCUCUUUUCCUUGGAAGAGUAUUUGGCGGACCAAGGCUCCCUCAAAAGUGGCAUUCUUUGUUUGGUUGGUGGCUCAUGGUUAAUUGGUGUUGUCUAUGCAGCUCAAUGGAGAAUCUGUUGAUCAUCUUCUUCUCCAUUGUGAGGUUGCUUGUUCAUUAUGGAACGCUAUCUUUAGUCGCUUUGGUCUUUCCUAAGUUAUGCCUAACAGUGUGAAGGAUUUGUUCACAUGUUGGUGGUCAGGGAUAGCUCUCGGAGUGUGGUCGUUUGGAAGAUGGUGCCCCUAUGCAUCAUCUGGUGUCUAUGGAGGCAAAGAAAUGAUAGGAGCUUCGAGAAUCUAGAGAGGACAUUAGAGGAGCUCAAUCCCUUUUUCUUUUUUUUCCCUCUUUGCUUGGACAGUUGUUUAUUUAGCUUUUCUGAUUUCCUUGUUCUCUUUUCUCUUUCUUUCUAGGCGUUUUCUUGUAUACUCCCUAUGUACUAGGGUUG